AUGUCUAGACAAGAUAUAUUGCCCUAUUUUCGUUCUGCUGUCCUUUGUCAGUCAGAGUCCAGAAGCAAUUUUAGCCGUGGCGCCGUUAACUGCUCAAUUUUGUCCGCCAGUGGCGGCGACAAGGGCCAGAAGCGUCCACCUGAAUCACUUGAGGGAUCUGAAAACAUCAAGCUAAUUUUGAAUCGACAUUCCGUGGAAAACCAAUACAAAGUAGCGCAGAAAAUCGGCACAGGAUUUUCUUCUCAGGUACUCUUUGCAAUUCGUCGUCGCGACAAGCAACCGACCGCUAUUAAGGUGGUCGAUAAAAAUAGACUAGGUGCAAAGUGUUUCUUGGUGGAAAACGAGGUUGAAAUAUCGAUAUUAAGUAACCAUCGGAACAUUUGUCGACUGUUAGAGGCAUAUCAGACGCCCAAUCAUUUUUAUAUUGUUUUUGAAUAUGCCGAGAAUGGGGAUCUAUACGAAACGCUGAAAAGUCGGCGCUUGACUGAGCUAGAAACGGCAACUAUCUUGAAACAGAUUGCGGCUGCCUUGACGUAUUUGCAUAAUCUCAAAUUAUGCGAUUUCGGCUUGGCCUGCACUGUAUUGGGUCCGCUCUAUCGGGUUUGCGGGACACCAGCCUAUUGUGCACCGGAAGUGUUCAGGGAAAGUGGAUACGAUUUCCCAGCUGAUAUUUGGUCGUUGGGAGUUGUUCUGCACUUGAUGCUCGUCGGCUUUGCCCCAUUUAGGGCUGCAACAAAGCAACGUCUUUUCAACAUGAUCAAGCGAGCUGCGUAUAAUUUUAAUCAUCCCGAAUGGCGCCGUGUUAGUCGGCCGGCCCGUGACUUGGUACAUCGCAUGAUGGCCCUUCGCCCUGAGACCCGACCAACAGCAUUCGAAGUGGGACUCGAUGACUGGGUCUCAGAUCAAGUCUCACAAGAGCUC